UAAUUGUUGUUGUUUUUUGUUUUUUUCUAAAUCUUCAGCAGAAACUCUUUUCCCUAACCUUUAAAUGUUAUUGUCGGCGUUUAGUCCGAGUGGUCGUUUUUACUGAGGAAAGAGGAAACUUGGCGUCGUGAGAGGUUUUUUUUUUUUUUUGUUGUUUUUGGUCGGGUCGUCUUUCUCGAAACCCUCCUGCUUUGGAUGCGCUCACUUGAGGGUUCCGUGCGGAAAUAACAAGAGCUUCAAUUGUGUGGCCUCGUUUCCUCUUUGACCUGGCAGAGAUGUACUUUCCUCAGCGCGCCCGCACUCAGAUGGAUUAAGAGGAGUGUUGUUUCCCCUGGUUGAAGACAGUACCUUUCCAACCAGGACUCACAGCAUUACCAUUGCGCCCAUGAGGUAACGUCAGGAUCUACCGGCCCCUCAUUAUCACCCUUGGUCCAUCCAUUUCCCUCCCCUUUGUCCCUUCCUCCCUUGGACCUUCCCAGCCAUGGGCCAAAAGAUCUCUGGAACCAUCAAGUCAGUCGAUGUACGUGGAGAGCCAUCGUACAGGCCUGUUCGACGUGAGCUGCGGGGCCCAGAUUUCUGUCGGCCCCCUCGGCUAGACUUACUGCUGGACAUGCCCCCUGCAAGCCCAGAGACUCAGCUUCAGCACGCCUGGAACCCUGAUGACCGAUCACUCAACGUCUUUGUUAAGGAGGAUGACAAGCAGACGUUCCACAGACACCCUGUAGCACAGAGCACAGACUGCAUCCGAGGUAAGGUGGGAUACACCAGGGGCCUCCACGUAUGGAGGAUUCAUUGGCCUGCCAGACAAAGAGGCACCCAUGCUGUUGUGGGAGUGGCCACUGCUGAAGCACCUCUACACUCUGUGGGCUACACAGCCCUGGUGGGCUCAGACUCUGAGUCCUGGGGCUGGGACCUGGGUCGCAACAGACUCUACCAUGAUGGGAAGAACCGGCCUGUUUCCACAUCAGCACCCACAUAUCCUUCUUUCCUGGAGCCAGAUGAAUCUUUUGUGCUUCCAGACUGUCUGACAGUGAUACUAGAUAUGGACGAGGGCACACUGAGCUUCAUGGUAGACGGACAGUACCUAGGAGUGGCUUUCAGGGGGCUGAAGGGCAAGAGACUGUAUCCUAUUGUCAGUGCUGUGUGGGGGCACUGUGAAGUGUCGAUUCGCUACAUUAAUGGACUAGAUCGUCCGUACAGUGAAAACUCACACGGAGCCCCUCCCGCUCAUGGACCUGUGCAGACGAGUAGCUCGACUGGCUCUGGGUAGAGAGCGCAUCCAUCACAUCGAGACACUCCCAUUGCCACAGACACUAAAGAACUACCUCCAGUACCAGUGACGGCGCAUACACAUCAUAAACACACAUGUGCACACAGAUGGCAAGAAACCUAAGGCCUAUUUCUUCUUGUAACCAGCCUCCGGACUGAACUUUGUGCUAACAUCAGACAUCUGCUGAGGAUGCAGGCAGUGACGUUGAACAGGUGGUUAAGAUGCCGCUGCAAAGGGUUUUGUUUACACAAGUUGGGGGUUUUCCAUUUUGGAUGUUUUUAUCUCCUGGUUUUAUGCAUCUUUUUUUUUCUUUUUCCUCCUUUUGUUGAUUUGUUCCUAUCUUCCGGACAGAUUGACUGAUGAAUGAAAUGAAGGGAGCGAGAGAACGUGUCAAUCCAUUUUCCUAUGUAGAGUCAAACCACAUGUCCUCAGAUAGAAAUGCUGUGGUUUUCGGGAAACAGUUUACCCAGACAUCUGUUGUGCACAGACUCUGUGGAGGCUUCCUCGGAAACAUAUUGGUAUUUAUAUUUAUAUUCCCAACAACACAGCAGGCUCUGUGGAGACUCAGCAAUCCCUGCAAAGCCGCACACAGUUCUAUUUUUGUUGCUGUGUACACACUGCAGCACACACAGAUCACGUAUAUGCAGCCUGUGUAUAGAAACGGCACAAGCACUGUCUGUAGCAGGAAGACAACUCGCUGACAAGCAGGCCGUUAAACACACGCAGGCUAGAAAACACAACUCGACUCUGAUUUGAACAUUUUUAAAUCCCCCUUCUCUCCCAUGCCAGCCUUUCUGUCUGUCGUUCAGUAUCUCUCUAUCCCUCGCUCAAGUUAGACCCCCCCCCUCCUUUAAAGCCUCCGUCGGGCUUAGCGAACAGAAAGGACCGCAGCCGCCAUUGGUCGGCUCUCCAGCUCCUCUCACGCUGAUAGAUUGAUCCUAAGGUGACGUAGGUGCCCGCUCGGCUGCAGCGCACACAGAAAACAGAAACACAACACUUAUCAGAAAACAGCCCUCUCAAGGUUUUAAAUGCUGCUCAUCAAUCUUCCACCAUAUGACUUAUGUUUUGUUUUUUAAAUCACUGAAUGACUAUAGAAUGAUUUGCCCUGAGAUUUAUUUUUUCCUUUUUCUUUUUAAACUUUUUUUUUGUUUUUUUUCUGCAGGACAGGAGGUCUCACCUGUAUAGGUGGAAGAAUGUGCUGCCAUGAAAAUGUUUUAAAUGUGAAUAAGAAUAAACUG